CACAAAAACAAUCUCCGGGGUGAACUUCUUUUUUGUCUCUUUUUUUUUGUUUAUUUUCUUUUGAGUUUGUUAUCUGUUUUUUUUUAUCCGACUUACUUUUCUUCCGUUGCAUCCGUGAUAUCGUAAUGCCUCGGCAGCGUGCCUCUUUACCCGUCUCAACCUGAUUCGCGACCCAGUCGUGGAAAGACAGAAAAGUGAACAACAGAAAAAAAAAGAAAAAAAAAAGAAAGAAGCAAAGAAUCAAGUCCAACGGGAUGUCGUUCCCGAGGAACAUGUGGCUCCUGUUUCUGCUCGUGGGGGCGAAACUCGGUCGAGCAGCCACCGCCUCCGACUUUUCGGCCAAGUGCCAGUCGUUUCAGCCGGAGCGCCUCGUGAAAAACUCGACGAGGACGCGACUGGAAUACGUCGCCAGCGGAACCACCAUUCAACUAGACGACAACGUGCCCUCUUGCGGCCGGACCAGCCAGGUCGUGGACGUAAACAUCUGUCGCGUCGCGCUCCAGAUCCCCACGAGCAACCGCUCGAGCCUGAGUUUUGAGCUAUGGCUUCCGGAGCGGUGGGAUGAGAAGCGCUACGUCGCGACCGGUAACGGCGGUGUCGAUGGCUGCAUCAAGUACGAAGACAUUGCCUACGGCGUCAAGAAUGGCUUCGCCGCUAUGGGCACAAACAACGGCCACAAUGGAACCACUGGUGUAGAUUUUCUCAACAACGAGGAUGUCGUGGUGGACUUCUCAUACCGGGCUCUCCACACCGGCACCGUUUCCGCCAAGACUCUCAUCCAGGAGUUCUACGACUCCCCGCCCGCAAAGUCAUACUACAUCGGUUGCUCCCUAGGCGGCAGGCAAGGAAUCAGCGCAGCAGAGCGCUUUCCAGAAGACUACGAUGGCAUCCUGGCCGGCGCCCCAGCCGUGGACUUUAACCACCUGUACUCCCUGCGGGCGCGCAUGUUCACCGUGACCGGCUCCCCCGGCUCGCCCGACUACAUCCCCGUCGCGACCUGGAGCGGCCUGAUCCACAACGAGGUCCUCGCGCAGUGCGACACCCUCGACGGCGUCGCCGACGGCAUCAUCGAGAUCGCCAACAAGUGCCACUUUGACCCGACGAAGCUCCUCUGCAGGGCCGACCAGGCCGACCAGGCCGGCACGGCCUGCCUCUCCCGGGCGCAAAUCUCCCAGGUCCAGACCGUCUACGCGCCGUACACCUACGCCAACGGCACCCUGAUCUGGCCCAGGAUGAACGCCGGCGCAGAGAUCCUCGCCUCGGCGGGCCUCCUCGCGGGCCGACCCUUCUCCCCCUCGGUCGAGUGGUUUCGGUACGCGGUCCUGUCCGACCCGAACUGGGACCCGGCGAGCUACGGCCUCGCCGACGCCGAAGCCGCCGAGACGGCCAACCCAGGCGGGAUCAGGACGUUCCCCGAGUCGCUGCCCGCCUUCAAGGCCCGCGGCGGCCGCAUCGUCACCUACCACGGCGAGCAGGACCAGCAGAUCUGGUCCACCAACUCGGAGCGCUUCUACGAGCGCCUGGUCGCAGCCGAUGGGGGUCUGGACUCGUACCUGCGCUUCUUCCGCAUCUCGGGCAUGAACCACUGCGCCAGCGGCCCCGGCGCGUGGAUGUUUGGCCAGGGAGGUUCGUCUGCCGUGAUCCCCUUUGAGCCGGAGCGGAACGCGUUCGCUGCUCUGGUUGCCUGGGUCGAGAAGGGCCAGGCUCCAGACACCAUCACGGGAACAAAGUUUGUCAAUGACAGUGUGGACCAGGGGGUUGAUUUCCAGAGGAGCCACUGCCGGUAUCCUCUCGAACAGACAUACAUGGCCGGGCCGUCCAAGCAACCGGCGAGCUGGAAGUGUCUGCCACCGAGCAAGUCUCCCAGUGAAAUAUAGAUCAGUUCCUCUGCGGAGCUCUCGGAAAGCACCUUGUCAGCUAACUUGAUGCGCGUCAAAGGUUGCCAAAAUCAACACAAUGUAUUCGUGCUGUCCAUGUAGACAUACCCAAGGACCUUGGGACUAUUUCAAAGUACAAAGAAUAUCAAGGUAUCUUGUACAUAAUCUGCACCCGUAAAUGGCUGCCUCGAGCCCUCUGACAAGUGACGAUUUCAUCCGAUAAACAACAAAUC